GGGCGCUGGAGAGCAAUCAGCAGGGCCAGUCAGACUCAGAGCAUUUGGCUGAGAGCUGAGCACACCGAUCAUUAUCAAAAACUACUGCUGGAGUCCAGCAAGAGUCACAUCACACUCGCUCAAGUCCGAUCAAACACGUCCAGAAACGGGAACGCCAGAGUCUGCAUAUCCGCUCGGCUCCGGUGUGUCAUCUAAAGCAGGACUUUGGAUAUUAUUAAGGAUCGUAAGAGUAGAUAGAUAUGUUUUCUCCGCAGUGGGAAGGCUCGAUCCACCCCCGAGUCUGAUGAUUUGAGAGGGAAGCAACGCAGCGCUGUGACUGUACACACCAUAUUCCUACUUCAGUCCACAUUUCAUCUGAAUCUGCAGACGCACUCCACUGAUCGAUCGCCAGUCGACCGCUCUUCAUCUAUGUUUUUCCUUUCUAAAAACAAAUCUCACCCGAGAUUGCGACUGACGCCAUUUUUGCAGCGAUAAAAACGCCGCUUGCUUGAGUUUGAAGGAUUGUAAAGUGCUUGACAUAAUCUAGUGGAUGGAUUUACUCUCUUAGACGUCAGCAGCAGCAGCCGCAGGAGCUUCAGAAAUGGUUUCACCUGGGAAAAACUCCAUCUUAGUGAGAUUUAUAAGAUUUCGGGAGCAGUAGAGCCAAAAGCCAUCACAUCCCUCUCUGAUUAAACUCAAUCACCUGGACCGUGGGUCCCUCUGCCCUUUUUGGGUCUUCCUGAUUCUUGGACUAAGCUUCAAGAUUGUCAAUGGAGCAAAGAGACCUUACUCAGACGGCCCAGCCCAAAGGAAACGAGGAGUUCUUCUCCACUGUUACCACCAUCAACAGAGCAGAUCUCAGUGAGGUGGGUCUCCUUGCCUGUCCAAUAAAGAGCCUCCCUUUACCUGGAGAGCAACAGGACCAUGAAGAGGACGAAGACCUCGGUCUGGGGAAGGACAUCGAUGUCACUUCUAAUGCGGACAGUGAGAGAUGGGGGCAGGGAGAUGGGCUGGAGGAGCAGGAAUUCUCCAUCAAGGAGGCCAGUUUCUCUGAAGGCAGCUUGAAGUUGAAGAUACAAACGACCAAGAGGGCCAAGAAGCCUCCUAAGAACCUGGAGAACUACAUCUGUCCUCCUGAGAUCCGCAUCACCAUCAAGCAGCCAGGAGAGCAGAAGACCGGCAAGCAUGCCAGGAGUGCCAGGGGAGGGAAGGAGGAAGAUAAAGGACCCCUCAGAAAAAGGACCUACAAGAGGCCUUAUAAACUUAUGGAUAAAACUGACAAUGUGAUGAUGGAUAACGCAAAACCAAAGCAUGAGUCUAAAAGCAGUGACAUUCACCACCUUGACUGGACAAAGCCGUUGGAUACUGUUAAAAAAGCAGUGUCCCGAGAACAGCAUGGGACAGAACCAGAAUUAAAAAGAGAAUCAGCGUGCACCAACAAGAGCCCUUUGUCAGAGCCCAACACCCCAUUCUCAAAAUCGCAAGUUAAAAAGGUCACAGACAGUUCAUCUGGAAGUCUCUUUGCUUCUGCCAUGUCUUCCCCAAGCACUGACUCACUAGCAUCAUCUCCAGUUGAUACAGUAAUGAGUCCCCCAGCUGACUCAAGUCUGUUCUCUUUUAGUAAAGACAGAGGUUUGCUGGAAGUCACUGAGCAAGUUUUUGGGAACAUCAAACGUAAAUAUGGAAGGAAAGACCCAAUGAAGGCCUCGACCACGCAUAAUUUAGGCCUUCAGUGGGCCAAAAAGAUGGACAGAGAUACUGAAAACCAAGAUAAUGCUAAGGUGAAACAACCAUACAACACUGAUAAAAGUGAAUUUGAGACAGAGGAGCCUGAGAAGUCGAGCAGUAGGCAGGAUGAUGAGAAUAAGACAACAUCAAGCUGUGGCACUCAUCAUGCAGAUGAAUCUAGGAGUAAAAAGCGAAGAAACAGAAAAGUAGGUGACGAUAACAACUUGUUAUCUGAUGCACAAACCACACAGCAAGCUGAGAAGACUGAUAAAACUGACCAAGGGAGCACAAAACCUAAAAUUACAAAGAAAAUAGAAUUCAGUGCACCAAAACAAUUUGGUGUAAAGUUACAGGAGAUUGAGGAAGACAGUGCUGAGACAGUGACUGAUGAUGUUGAGAUGUUUCAGAAUAGACCGAGGAAAACACCAGCUGGGAGACAAAGAUCAGUGAUUGAUGCCGACAAGCAAACAGAGGGUAGGCAAUCAAAGUUCAAGGACAGGUGGUCUUAUUUAAAGUCCCAGAACUCCUCUCCUCAUAAAGACUUUAAUCAAUCUCUGUCCAUCGAAGAGCCACCCUCUGCCUUCCCUAUUACCCCAUCCAGCCCACUCUACACAAACACAAACAGUUUGACAGUCAUUACCCCAGUGAAGAAGAAACGUGGCCGGCCCAAAAAACAGCCGUUACUUACUGUGGAGACAAUUCACGAAGGAACUGCAACAAGCCCUAUUAGCCCUAUUGCCCAAAAUUCAUCCAGCACUUCAAAAAGGAGAAAGAAGCAUAACAUGUCGAAAUUGGUGCAGUUGGCCUUCAACAAAUCCCCUCCGGCACAGCAGUUAAAACUCAAGAAAUCAGGUCAAGAAGGUGUCCUUAAAAAGAGGGCACCUAAGAAAAUGAAACUGGUCAAGAUGCAAAGCAUUUUGAAUGAACUUUUGACCACUUCUAGUCCUGGCAAUCUUGCCUUGAAGUCCAGUGUUCCGGUUUCAAAUGCCAUGUCGACUGUGGCAUCGACAAUCGAGGCCCGUUUUGGCAAGCAAAUCAAUGUCAGCAAGCGUGGGACUAUUUACAUAGGCAAAAAGCGGGGAAGGAAGCCCAGAAUUAAUCUUCAUACCCAGCAAAAUGAGCACAAAGCCAGUGAUAAGCACCCGUUGCCUAUUUCUAGUCCAUUUGAGAACCCACUAGUGCCUUCUAACAUAUCAUCCACUACCGGAAUGCCUUCUCCCAGGGUCAUGCAUUCCCUUUCUUCUCCCUCUGCAGCAGGUGGGACGGCUCACCCUGCCACCACGGAUACCAGCCAGCAUGACCUGAAGACAAUGCCAAAUCUACAACCUAUCAGUGCAUUGCCCACGAAAAUGUACAAGGGCUUGCUUAGUAGUAACUGGAAGCUGUCUCCCCCAAGACUAAUGGCCAACUCACCAUCCCACCUGUCCGAAGUGGCUUCCAUUAAAGAAGUCACCCUAUCUCCAGUUAGUGAGUCCCACAGUGAAGAGACAAUCCCUAGCGAUAGUGGAAUAGGCACCGACAACAACAGCACAUCAGACCAGACCGAGAAAGGCCCGGCAUCCCGCCGGAGAUACUCAUUUGAUCUUUGCAGUUUUGAUGCCACUGAGACCGCUGUUUUAGAGGCAAAAAGCAAAGCAGCGAGGGGGCACUUCCAGAAGUGUGUGACUGGAGUCGCUGUGGAAAAUUUCUUUGCUCAGGAGAGCCUGAAGAAGCAAAAACAUCGGAGGAAACGCAAGGCCCUCCAGAACCGGGACGACCUGCAGUUUAUGGCUGACCUCGAGGAGCUGGUUAGCAAAUUCCAGUUAUUCCGAAUCUCCCACCGCAGCUACAAGUUCUACCAUGAGAAUUCCUAUCCCAGCAUCUUCCGGCUCAACUUUGACCAAUACUAUCCUAUGCCAUACUAUCCCUACGACCCUGUGCACUAUCUUCGCAGGAGCUCUGAUAAGUCAAAGAGGAGGCGUGGUCGGCCAGCCAAGUCAAACGAGCCAAUAUCAAAGAUGCCUUUCAUUCAAGGGUUUGGCUGCACAGUGCCCGGUGGCAAUUACUAUGCACCCUACGCGAUGCCUUACACAUCCAUGCCUCUUGCCACAAGUAUGGUAAACAUGGGCUAUUACAGUCAGUACCCUUCACCCUUGUACUUAUCUCAUGCUCUUGGACCUUCAGCCUCUCCAUUCAUGAGGCCACCAGUCCCUCCACCAAAGUUCCACCCUGGUGCGUCCUCUAGUCUCGCUGCUCCUAGCAGACAUCGAGCGAAGAAUAUGCCACAUGAGAUGCCUUCAUCUAGAAUGAGUGACUCCCAUCACCCUUCAAGCAGCUGUUUGGGAAGCGUCUGUCUCCACAAACGCAAGCACAAACAUAAGUACAAACAUAAAGAGGAUCAGUACAUCCCACAGAGGGAGAACCUCUGUGGGCUCUUCAGUGGAACCCAGAGUCCUGCCUUCCUCAACCUCUUGAAUGAGAGACUUGAGAAGAACUCUCUGUCCAAACUGAAGGACAAGCAAAGAGGCAAGCAAGGCACAGAUGCUUCGCCAGAAACUUCCAGGAACUACUUUGAAGUAGACACACUCUCAUCAUUGUCCUUAUCUGACUCUCAGCAUUGCAAACGCACUCGAGGAGAGACACUGAACAACUUCCUGAACAUCUGCACCAGACAACCACACGAGCGCCUGCGAGCAAGCCAGGACCAUUCGCUGGACUCAUUCAAGGGGCAGCACUUAGGGGAUGAUGAUUCUAGUGUUCACAUCAGGAGGCAUUGCUUGGAGGACUUUGCAGCAUACAGAGAAGGAAGCAUGGUGUCUUUCCAAGGAGGCAGAGAAGAGAGGGCCGAGCAGAUGUACCAGUGCUCCAACACGGCUGUAGCAGACCCCAGUUCCUACAAGAGGAGGCACAAGCGCAAAGAAGUGGAGGAGAUCCAGUGUGACGUGCAAAAAAUGUGUGCCUUCUCCAAGAUCCUCACCACCAAGAAGAACCUGGAUCACGUCAACAAGAUUCUGAAAGUCAAGAGGCUUCAGAGGCAAGCCAAGACAGGGAAUAACAUGGUGAAGAGACGCAGAGGGAGGCCGAGGAAGCAGCCGCUUUCUCUCGAGGAGGGAUUGCUGGGUCAGAUGCCAGUUCUAGAGAAGUGUGUGGAUCUUCCUGGGAAGAAGAACCUUCACACUGGUCUGGUUCCUGCUCAGCUUGAGUUCUCCAAUCACGACUCCAUCACAGAUGCCAUUGAGUCAGUGGUACACAUGGCCAGAUCCCAAACCAACACGCUGUCCACGCAAGGAUGCAAGCACUGGUACAAAGUUCAGCCGGAGCUCCAAAUCGAGCGCCCAAACCGCAAAGGAAGAGGGAACAAGAGAAAAGAAGCUACUCUCACCUCACAUUAGAGAAGUCAUGACAGUGCACUGUGAGUUAGCCUUGUGCUUGGGUCUUUGUAUCGUUUUUUUCAGUUUGUUUUGAUCUGAAUUCUACUGACACAUUUUGAUGGGCAUUCGCUGAGAAUUUGGAUCAUGGUUGUGGUCUAAAAAGCUCCGCUUUCGGUUUGUACGAUUCUGUCGCAUACUUUUUUAUUGGUCUCAAGGAGACAAACUAAACUUUUACUCUCCCAAAGCCCAUAACCAUGAGGAUGUUGAAACUAUGGCUGUAGCCAUAAUCUACCAGCACAUGUAAAUGGACUUCAAUGACAGUACUGUGCACUUUUUUUCUUUCUCGUUUUUCGUUUCACUCAAGCACAAAGCACAGAUCUUCUGGCAAAGGUUGAUUUCGAACAACAGGUCACCGGUAACUCACUGCUAACAGAUGCUUACAUAGGUUUGCCUGCGCUCAGGUGUGUUUCAGGCAUGAACUAAUGGCAAUACUUUUGGAUGAAACCCUUUUCAGUGAUGUUUUGAUGGCUAUCAUUUCACUGUACAUAGCAACAUAUUCUACUAACAUUUCAAAUUCAAAGUAUUUUAGAUCUACCUAUACUGUCAGCAUUUCAAAUCAAAAACCAUAUAAAGUUUGAAAUUGUUUUUUUUGUUCUGUUUUUAACCAAAUAGAAGUAGAAAGCUUGUUCAAAUGGAAAAACGAAACAUAUUUAGUCGUGUAAUCUUAACGAAGUGGAAUCACUGCAGAUCGAAGGCUUGUUGAUGACACAGGACAUCAAAACACAUGCCAGUAGUUCACAACAGGCUCAAUGAAAAAUGCUACGGUUGCAUUUAAAACCAACAAAGCACUUAAUUAUUUUCUUUCUUUUUUGUAGAACACGUUUGAGUGGGCUGAAGUUGUACACAGUGUCACAGUUGGUUUUUCGCUUUAAAUAAUCAGCAUCUGGAUUAUAUUUUCAUUAUUCGAGUCGCCUUCUCCAGAGUCUCUUUGAGAAUGUGCCUGCUCUUGUUAACUAAACAAUAAUAGUAUGUCUAUAUACCUGUCAGUAUUACAUAUCCACAUGACCAAAGUUUCAGUGUAGUCGUGUAUCAUAGGAUAGAUCGGUUUCAGUUUAGCCGCUUGUGUAUAUUACUAUGAAUGGUGUGGUGGUGUGCUUAUUUGUCGAUUAGUCGUUUGGAAAAAUAAACCAGAAUGUACACUGAAGACUAUUUAGGUGAUCGUCCUGAACAUAGGACAUCACAAACUAAUCAAAUACAUGUCCUGUUUUAGACUCGAGUUACACUGAUACAAGCGAUUUGGAAACAGGAUAGAUUUGAAUGUGGUCCUAAUUUGAAUAGCUUUCCAUUUGUUAAUGAUUUCUUGGUUUAUCCAUAUAUGUGCCUUAUGUUUGUCUAUAAAUCCAUAACAUGUUCAGGUACUGGAACACAUAAUGGCAAGAUAUCAGUCUAAAAUGUACAUAAUAGUUUGCUGCCCUGGUUGUAAUGUGUUCAUCAUCUCGGUACACCUUCACAGGUCUCGGUACAGUAUAAUAUAGGCUUCAUUUUGACUGUAUACAUAUAUUUAUAUGCAUAAAUAUACAGUUCAGUGAGCAGACAGCACAUCUAGUACACCUGAAGACACUCAAAAUAUCUCUCUAACCAAACCCACGCAGGAUUGUUAACAUGAAUACAUGCUUAUUUACUAUGCAUCAGGUUAUUGCUGUGAAUCCACUGACGCAUAACUCUUUAGCAUCGACUCUUUUGUAAGCUUUCUGUUAAAUGAAGUAGUCUUACUGAAAUUUGAAGUCUGAACCGUUCAAAUGAAUAGUGCUAAAUCUGACUAUCAUUUCUUUUGCAAUUCUAGUCAUUGUGUAGGGGAGGAAAAUCAGCCUCUAAGCAGUGCAGCCUUAAUCAAAUCUUCAAUUCAACAAGUUGUCCCCUGUAAAUAGUCUACCAUCUGUAGGUUGCUGUGAAUCAUGCCUAAGAGUCAUGUCAAUAUGUUGCACCCACAGUUGUCCAAAGAGGACACAUAUAGUUGCUGAACAUGCCAUGAACCAUUCUGUCCUUGUGAUAAUUUGCAGUGCAUUAAAGCUAAAUAAAAAUAAUAUAUGCCGGCAGCUAUUUGCCUCAGCCAGUUGUACUGGACCUUUUGUUGGAUGCGUCCAUUUGCGCUGGUUCCGCUAAACACCUGCGAACAUUUGCCAAAAAUGUUGACCUUUUAUUAGUGCUUUAAGCACCGAAAAGCUAUGUUUUAACACAAAAUGUACACCGUAGCAGUUUUCUGAAACAUGAUUAUAAUAGGUUAGUUAAACAUGGCUUUGGUAACGAGGCCUGGCAGCUCAAAUUUGCUCUGCUUCUAUGCUUUUUAAAAUGCCAGAUAUAUUUUCUCCACCAGCUGAUAAGUGGUGCCUUGUGAAGUUAAGUGUAUUUUUUUAUGUUCCUGCUCCUAAACGACAAUAGCGACUUUGUGUCGAGUAAAUAUUACCGAGGUCACCGAGAGAAUGUCAUCCACUCAAAUGUAGUGUUGUAUUUUAGUUUGUAUCGCUAUUAAUGAAGUUAUAAUGCAAGUGAAGUGUUAAUCGAAAGUAAUAUUCCUAACGAGGACACAACAGAAGCUCUUAUCGCUCUCUAAAUUCAUACAUAUGGUGUAAUGACCAUUUUGAUUUCUGUAUCUGCAUGCUCUAUUUGAUUGUAUGCAUACAAAUUUUGAAGAAGUCAAGCAGUAUUGAAUUUCGAUUUGAAUAAGAUCUUAUACAUUGUUUGAUAUGUUUUUUUGUAAUGGAUUUUAAAUUCAUAAAGCAUUUUGUACAUUGUAUGGAUAUUAAAAAUAGCAAAUAAUGGACGUAUAUAGAAAAGAAUAAAUACGGAUAUACACAAACAUAUGCAUUGUACAUAGAAUGUAUGUAUACACAUUCAUGUUUUGUGUAACUGUGUAUACAGACAUGUUUAUAAAUACAAGUACUAGCCUGUACAUAUGUACAUACAUAUAAGCUUGCAUGUGUUUGGUCAUGUUUGCCGUUCAUGAUCUUGUAGUUUUAUUUUUUUAUUUCUUCUUUUUCUUACUGUAAAGCUCAUUUUGUGCAGCCAUCUCCGGUGAGCAGUAUUGAGCACUUAAAAUACAGUUGAUCUUGUUCAUGUCAUUCAUUGUGCAAAAAAAAAUAAAUAAAUAAAUGAAUUUAUC